AAGCCAUAGCUUUAUCCUCUCCGGACGAGCUCGCUCCUUUGCUUCCCACUUCUUCCUCCGGUGAAAGCUUUGGCCGCCUAUCUCUCUCUUGGUUCAGGGAAACCUAACCAUAUCUUCAUCUCGCUUUCUCGCUCAUCUCCAAAGUUCAAUCAGGCCUCUUCUGUUACGAGAUUGGUAAGGAACUAUGAUUCUCGAAGAGGAACAGGGGGUAUAAUGUUUCACUUGCCUCUAUCCUGAAAUAGUUAAGGACUUAAAUAAUAUAUUUCAUAUUCUGAAAUCAAUGCCCGAAAGCUUGCGCUCUGAACAAUGAUUUAAGACAUUGGAAAAUGGUAUCAAUGGACCUCCAAAUACAGGGUCCUCGCCCAUUACUGUUUCUGAGGCCUAAAUCAUGUAAUGGAGCGAUCAAUUUGGCUUCUUUUGCUCCUUAUCGUGUUAUCGGCAGAAGGGAUGAUUUGGUUUCAUUGAAGCACCGGCUAUGCCUGAGUGCUCACCCUGUUCUGGCUAAGCGAAGAACUUUCGUGGUAUUGUCUUUUAAAGGCAAUUCACAAAAUGAGAGAUUUGACGACCGACAGAGAAGUUCGAGGGUUUCUAAGGCCCCUUUACAAUUAUCUCACACUCGAAAUGAGAGAGAAGAGACCACCACAUCUUUUGAUACACAGAAUCAUCUCUCCUUAGAGUCCCGGGAAAGAGAAGAUUCCAAUGGAGGAUCUCUUGCAAUAAAAAAAUUGUUCCAAAAGUGGCUGAUCAUGAUAACAACACAAACAUCUCGACCAAAUAUACGCGAGGCUUUUGAGGAAAAAUCAAUCAAGAUGGAAGUUCCCGAAUUUAAUGAAGUAAAAGCGAGUUUGAAGGCCGCGAAAUUGCUGCGGGCUUCGUUCAUGUAUUUUCUCCGGCUGGAUGCAUCAAUUAGCCUACCUCUGGUGAUAUUCAUCCCCUGGUUUCUGACAAUCAGAAUUGUUCAUGGAGCUGAAGUAACUAAAGAACUAACUCCUCUUUGGAUCAUUGGACCGUUAGUCAUCUCCCUCUACAUAAACAUCAUAAAGGGUCUCUGCUCUCUCUAUGCUUUCUGCUUCAUCCAAACUCUGACAAUUGCGAGAAAUCUUCCGUCCUACUGCCGGCUACUUCGCGGCUACAUAAUUGACGGAAAGCUCCAAUCCAUUCUCUAUAAUUACUCAAUCAAGCCAUUUGCUGACAUAAAAAACAUGAAUUACAAGGAGUUCUUCAGGAGCAAACUCAAGCUGUUGGAGGGAUGGGCUGUGGAGAAAUACUUGGAUUUUAUUGAAUCCAUAUGGCCUUAUUACUGCAGAACCAUCAGAUUCCUGAAGAAGGCAAAUCUCAUUUAAAAGUAUGGAUGAUUUACAUAUAUACCGCGUAAUUUCAAUGUAUUUACAUAUCUAGCAGCUGCACUUCAAAUUUUUUUUAUAUAUGCCACCUUAUUUAGCAUGAAAAGCUGUAUUUUACUUAACAAAUUUUUGGGGGGUGAUGUGUAAGAUUAAGGUGGAACAAAAGUAAAAAAAGUUGAGUUUAGAUGUUAGAUAUGUAAAUACAUAGAAAUUGGUUGGUAUAUAUGCAAAUGCUCUUGAUUCGUCGGAUUUUUAUCGUCGGAGCGGAUUACUUAAUUUCUCGAAGGAAAUUAGAUUUUGCGGGAUUGGAACAAUAAAAUCAAAUGAAGCCAUGAGAGGUUAGGAAUAUGGAUUCAAUGAUCUGCAGAUUGCUCCUUAUCUACUGGACUUGAUUCUGCAGUUUUUUUUCUUUUUUUUUUAAUUUUUUGUUGUUGUAAAAUUUGAUAUUUUAUAUAUGUUAAGAAAAAUGUAUGAUAAAAUUGAGAUUAUGUUUGAGGUUAUUUGAACUGGUGUA